AUGGCAUGUAUUGAUGUGAAGACAACAUCGGGUGUAGUGAGGGGUCAGACGAUAGAUGUGUUAAACGUAAGUAUUGACCAGUUUUUGGGUAUACCUUAUGCCGAACCACCCGUCGGGAAACUCCGGUUCGCCAAACCUGAACCCAUCAAAACACCCAAACCGGACAUUAUCGAUGCGACAAAAAAUAAAAACUCUUGUAUUCAAAAUGUGACACCAAAUCAAACAUUUAGUGAAGACUGUUUGGUAUUAAACAUAUGGACACCAAAUGCGGGAAAUAAUAACACAAACAAAUCACAGCUCAAACCCAUUAUGUUUCACAUACACGGCGGCGGUUUAUCAUCGGGGUCAAUAUUUGGACAAGUUCUAUCUACUAAUGUGUUGGCCACUCGUGAUGUGGUGUUUGUCUCAACACAGUAUAGAUUAGGACAGUUGGGCUUUCUAUACGGGGAUCGGGAGGACGCGCCCGGAAAUGUCGGCUUUUAUGACCAGCUAUUGGCACUCAAAUGGGUUAGAGAAAAUGCUGAACAGUUUGGCGGAGAUAGGGAUCAAAUCACGAUAUUGGGUGAGAGCGCCGGGAGUUGGUCGGUGUCCGCACACAUACUCUCCCCGCUAUCCAAAGGCCUAUUCAAGAGGGCUAUUAUGGAGAGCGGCGCCCAUAUGUAUAACAAGGAAAUCAAAUCACGAUAUUGGAGCGCCGGGAGUUGGUCGGUGUCCGCACACAUACUCUCCCCGCUAUCCAAAGGCCUAUUCAAGAGGGCUAUUAUGGAGAGCGGCGCCCAUUUGUAUAACAAGGAUAGGGAUGUCGUCAGUAAAGAGGAGUCAAUAUCUUUAGGCAAACGGAUAGCAAAAGAGCAGAAUUGCAGCGAAAGUGAGGAUUGGUUGCAAUGUUUGCGAGGAUUGGAUGCAAAAGUGUUCAACAAAUAUGUAAUUCCGAUGACAUAUCCCGUAUUGGGCACUGAAUUCCUACCCAUUUCUGCCCAAAAGGCUUUCGCAGAGAAAAAAUACAAUUCAGAUGUCGAUAUAAUGGCAGGCAUUGCCAGUACUGAGGGCUCAAUGCUGUCUUUAUUUGUGCAUCCGUUUAAAGAUAAGGUGACUCUCAAUGACAUUAUUGAGGCCACGAAAGCAUCGGACAGUGUUUAUCACGGAUUGGAUGUGAAACUGCUAUCUAACUCAGAUAAUCUGAGUGCUAUCUGUGGAAGUCCCUGGUCUGAAUUUUCUAUGGUUUUCUCCCGAAUGAAUGCGUUUGUGAAGAAUUAA